AUGGCCGCCAACCCGGAAACCAAGAUGGCCGCCGAUGCUGAGCCUGCUCCCGUGAAGGAUGCCGCUGAUACAGUCGCCCAGGCUUUGGACCAGCCUGCACCGCAGACGGUGAUUGGACCCCGCGAUGACCACCAGGAGGCACCGGAAACGUCCGACCGGCCGCGACAUCAGGCAGUACCAGAAACCGCCACAAGAGGUCAGUGCAGCUCCAUCACAGCAGCCAGCCUGAGCUAUAAGAUGCAGGAGCGCCCUCUUGUGUUCCUCAACAGUUCCUGCAGUGAUGAAGAGGUCACCUGGCAGGAUGACGUUGCCCGAUGGAAAACUUACAGGUGGAGUAAAUUACAGGACUUUCUAAAAAGAACAGAAGAACAGAAAAAGAUACAGAGGAUGUUUAGUGAUGAAGCCUCCAAGUCUUCUUCUCAGCCGCCUGCUAAAGACAGCACACCUGAUAUGACUCUAUCAGAACCAGCACCGAAUCCGGAGAUCUUUGCUAUGAACGACCAAGGGUCCUUCCUUUAUUGCUGUCCAGAAAACCUGUCACCUACAAGGAAAAAGCCAAGGCUUACAGAGGAUUUUCCAGAGAAAGGUGAUCCUGCAGUUCCAAGUUCUGCCACAAAAAGCCACCAGGAGAUUGAAGAUGAAGCUUCUGCUAGAGUUACAGUUGCAGAGAGAACCCAGGUUAAGAAAGAACUUUUGCAUCCUCAAAUAUGGGAUCCAGGAAGAAGAUUUCCAGACUUUCCUACACCACGCUCCACCUGUAGUGAGAGUUGCCUCCAUGGAUACCGGAAAGUCCUACUGGAAGGAAAACAGAAAUGCUGCUACUACUGUGCCCCCUGUGCAGAAGGCGAAAUCUCCAACCAGACUGAUAUGGAAACAUGCUUAGUGUGUCCUAACGAUCACUGGUCAAAUGGAAGAAGAGAUUCCUGUGUUCCAAGACCGAUUGAAUUCCUGUCUUAUGGAGACACACUGGGGUCAUCUCUAAUUAUUAUAAAUCUUACAUUUUGCCUUGUGACUAUAGUUGUGUUGGGGAUAUUUAUAAAAAAUAAAGAUUCUCCAAUUGUGAAAGCCAAUAACCAGAAUCUCAGUUUCAUACUUCUCCUCUCACUCAUCUUCUCAUUUUUAUGUCCUCUCUUAUUUAUUGGACGUCCCUCAGAUAUAUCAUGUCUCCUCCGACAAGUGACUUUUGGAAUCAUUUUUAGUCUUGCAGUUUCUUCAGUCUUAGCUAAAACAGUGACUGUAGUCUUAGCUUUUCAAGCCAUUAAACCAGGCAGGACACUGAGGCAGUGGAUGAAGAGACACCUCUCCACAUCCUUACUUGUUAUAGGUUCAUCUGGAGAAGUUUUGAUCUGUGUCCUCUGGUUGUUUUAUUCUCCACCAUUCCCAGAAUAUAACACUGGAAUAGAGGUUGGAAAGAUAAUCUUACAAUGUAUUGAGGGAUCUGCCAUUGCUUUCUACUUGUCCAUCGGCUACAUUGGAUUUCUGGCAAUGAUGAGCUUUAUUGUAGCUUUUUUGGCCAGAAGACUUCCAGACACCUUCAAUGAGGCUCAGUACAUCACCUUUAGCAUGCUGGUGUUCUGCAGUGUGUGGAUCUCCUUCAUCCCACCCUACCUCAGCACCAAGGGGAAAUACAUGGUGACUGUGGAAGUUUUUGCCAUCUCAUGUUCCAGUGCUGGACUUCUGGGCUGUAUCUUCAUUCCCAAAUGUUACAUUAUCCUACUGAGACCAGAACUCAACACAAAGUCCAAUAUAAGGGUCAUAAGAAGACAUUAUACAGGAGAAUUUUGA